CUUAUACUCAUUGAAUAUCUGGAAAGUCAUAAAGGAAACCUCACCUGCAGGUCACCGAAAUGCAGCGGAGCCUGUUGCAUUCUGCAUCCCAGCUGGUGCAUGGGACAUGCGUGGCUUCUCCCCGCACUGGCAUCUUUCAGUGCUUGAAGGGACAGUCAGCCUUGUCUAAUGUUGGAUGCAAAGUGGUUUUGGCACUGGACCCUCCUCAACGAUGUCUUCAUGCAGGGGCAGCACAGCUUGCCUCAAAGAAAAGCACUUCUUCAUCACAGCCAGCAGACGCUCCUCACAAAGUACCAGAAGAGAGAAAUCCUUUGACUUCAGCCAGGGAUACAGCCAAGCAGAGCCCUGGAGAGCCAGGUGCUUCAGAUCCUGAUCCACUGCAAGACAAAUCAAUUAGUCUCGUUCAGAGAUUCAAGAAAACUUUUAAACAGUAUGGAAAAGUCAUGAUUCCAGUGCAUCUUCUGACUUCCACUGUAUGGUUUGGAGCCUUUUACUAUGCAGCCAUGAAGGGAGUGAAUGUUGUUCCAUUCCUGGAGUUGGUUGGCUUACCAGAUAGCAUAGUGAGCAUCCUGAAAAAUUCCCAGAGUGGAAAUGCACUAACUGCAUAUGCAUUGUAUAAAAUUGCAACUCCUGCCAGAUACACUGUGACUUUGGGAGGAACAUCUGUCACUGUUAAAUAUCUACGUAAGCAUGGCUACAUGUCCACACCACCACCAGUAAAGGAAUAUCUCCAAGAUAGGAUGGAGGAAACAAAGGAUAAAAUUACAGAGAAGAUGGAAGAAACAAAGGAUAAAAUUACAGAGAAGAUGGAGGAAACAAAGGAUAAAAUAACAGAGAAAAUACAGGAAACCAAAGAUAAAGUUUCCUUUAAAAAAAUUAAGGACUAGGAGAGAUGCUUCUUUUUUGGAUAUAUCAAACCUUAGCACUUUAAACCCUUUGUGAGGCAGGAUAUACAAAGUGCACUUCUGAGGUAGUUUUUUUUUUCCUUCCUCCCCACCACCACUUUGU